AUGCCCAAUCAACACGCCAACGACAAACGAACGGGUAGAGGAGGUGCUGCUCCUAGCGUGUUCGACUUCGUUGAAAGCGGCGUUAAAGAUCCAUUCAAUCGAAAGGAGCUGUAUCAUAAUUUCGGCAAGUUUCCUUUACUAUCAUGGAUGUUACAGCCCUACGCUGCAUUCGCUGACGACACCCCCACCAUUUUCCUUGUCCUUCCUAUCCAUCACCACCCAUAUGAACCUUCAGCCCAUGCCGGAUGCUCGUUCCACUGUGCCGCCUCACCCACUCCUCUCGUGGAUCCUUCCAGUACAUGUACCUUAGCCCAAGAAUGGCUUCAUUCAAAACUCCUCUAUGUAUCACCUACUCCACUCCCCUUAUACCCGUCAGCCCGACCACAUUCCGUAUACGAUGGCGUUAGGCUACACAGCCAGUCGUAUCGCGGAUGGAACCCAGCUAGCGAGUGA